UGCAAAGCAUUUCUAUAGAAGGUGCAUCGGUGUCAACACGCUAUCAUCGAUUAACAUUAAAUUUGCUGUAUAGUAUUAUUAUACAAAGUCAAUAGCGAACCGAUAGCUGCUAAAUAUAUAAGGGGAAGGCAUGCAUUCUGCAUGGAAUAUAAUUUGGAUUUUACCAAUCGCCUGGUUGGUUACAGCCGGGAGCGAGGCUAGGUACGAAGGCGGCGACACCAGAGCGCACUCUUCCGGCGAAUCUGUUCGUGAUCUAUUCCGAAGAGAUGUAUCAAAUGUCACAAUGUGUUGUAACUGUAUGGACACAGAGGAAAACAUCGCCUUCUGCUGCCGCGGUACCAAAUCGGAUCAAUGUAUCGCCCCGGCCAUUUGCUCCACCACCGUGUACAACAACGGUACAAAGAUAUUCUUAGCUAAGCAAUGCCUGCCGAAAAUAGAGUGUAUAAAUCAGUGGGUGAACUCAUCAACUACAACCGAGGGAUGUGUCCUAAAUGACAACUCACAGAUACCCGUGGGCAAAUACUGCACCUAUUGUUGCGAGAAUGAAAAUCCGUUUGAUGUCGAUUUUUGUUUGAAACAUACCUUGAGUUUCUCAGGCCAGCAAAACUACAGUUUCACUUCGAUCAGCCCUUCAACAACGACCAGCCCUUCAACAACGACCAGCCCUUCAACUACGAGCAGCCCUUCAACUACGUCCAGCCCUUCAACCGGAAGCAGCCAAACCACUCAGUGUGAGGAGUGUGACGGAGCCAGCUGUGGUCAGAUUCCCAGCUCGGUGGUCACGUGUAAUGCCUACGAAUCCUUCUGCCUCAACGUGCUACUCGUGGACGAUUACGGCAACUUCAGCAUCAUCAAAAAAGGAUGCUCGAGCAGGUAUGAAUGCCUAUACGACCACUCUCACUUGCAUGCUGAUCCAUGCGAAUUCCAUGGAAUUCCCGGUACCCCAAGUUUCGCCCCUGGCACAGAGCGCCUGUGUCAGUUUUGCUGCAACGGCACGGGCAUGCGUGGCCCGUGCAAUACACAACCCGUGCCUCAGAACACUAUCGAUUUCGAUCCUAGCGCAACACAGACGACAACGCUGAGUAUACAUCCUAUCACGCAGACGAAAACGUCGGUUACAUCUGCUACAACGCAGACUACAACUCUGAGUACACCUGCUACCACGCAGACGACAACUCUGGGCACACCUGCUAUCACGCAGACGACAACGCUGCGUACACCUGCUACAACACAGACGACAACGCUGGGUACACCUGCUAUCACGCAGACGACAACUCUGGGAACACCUGCUAUCACGCAGACCACAGCUCUGGAUACAGCUUUAAACAAUUCAACUCCGAACACGCAGACCACAGAGCUGAUACCUCCAACCCAUCACAUCGUGAUACCCCACACGCAUCCCGCACCUACACGAGGCAUUUCAACAAUAACUAACAGUACGCAGCCUAGUGUUCAUACGACGGUAAUGCCUUCGUCGUCAUCCACGACAAGGAGGACCACGACACCUCCCGCCCCGGGACAUUACACCCUUCCUCAUGUAGCAACCCAGUGCGCAGUGUGCAUGGGACCGCCUGAAAUCUGUGAGCAGCUGACUCGCAUAGUGCAGUGUAACCCGCCGAACAACUACUGCAUCAACACGAUCCAUAACAGGGUCGACGGUACGCGGUCUGUCAACAGAACGUGCGGUAACAUCGACACGUGCUACCGGGACUGGUACGUGGGCACGUCGGACAACGACAAGUGUCAGGAGUUCUCUCAACUGAGAGCCUACACGGUGGAGUUCGACUGCACUUUCUGCUGCGUCACCAACAAGUGCAACCUUCUCCUCAAGCCGCCCGAUGACACGCUCUAUCAGGACAAGAGGAACUAAUGAGCCGUGUUAUACAUCAACCUCGUUCUGGGAAAAAAGGACUUAACGCAAUGGCGUGAAAUGUCGUCCCAGAUUAGCCGGUACAGGCUUAUCAAGGACGUAACUUUCCGCUGUCAUGGAUUUUUUUUCUUUUAAAGAAAUACUCUUCUAAACGACAAUACAGUUGAAAGUGUCGUCCCUGAUUAGCCUGUGCAAACUUCACAGUCUAAUAUGGGACGACACUUUACGCACUUGCAUUUAGCCCCGUUUUCCUAGGACGGAAAAUAACGGUGAAUUAUUUCCCUAAUAAUUUCAAAUUUUCAUAACUAAGCAUUAAAUAAAACUCUACAAAGAGAGAAAAUAACAAAAGGGACAUAACCUGUCCAUGCCUUAACUAUACGCCUACGUGAUAAUUAUGAAAAUUAUAUUGACUGAA